AUGCCUAGAUUGGACGCUUUUUUUGGUGCCAAUGCUGUCCAAAGAAAUAAAAUCAAAAGAAGUGCCGGGAGCUCGAAAGACCAAGGGUGUGUGAAGAGGCAGAAAAAGAACGUUAGUGAUUCUACCAAGUCAUCAUAUUUUGGGGCCAAAUCCGGGAAAGCCGAGAUUAUUGAUCUUGAUUCUGGUGAUGAUGAUGAAGAUGAAAUAGAGAAAGAGAAACCCAUGGCGAUAAAGAAGGCUAUAGCGAUUAGUCCUAAAAAGGGAAAAGCAAAAAAAAUCAUCAAAGCUGCCGCCAAGACUUCCAAGCCUUCCAAAUCUCCGAAGUCCUCUUUGGCAGCAACUGGACUGAAAACCGCAGAAGAUAUCCUCAGUACGAUUCCUGAUGCUGAUGAGAGCUACCUCAAAGUUGAUCCGGAAGCCGCAAACAUGAAUUACUUCCAGUUAAAGGCCAGACAGAAGGAUAUCACUCCGGUGGAAGGAGAACACAAGGAGAUUCCCAAGGCACGAAGUAACUGCUUGAAUGGGUUAACUAUAGUGUUUACAGGAGUAUUACCAUUUAUAGGACGUGAAGAGUGUGAAAGAUUGGCAUCCCAAUAUGGUGCAAAGGUGACCAAGUCGAUCAGUGGACGCACAGGUGUUGUGGUGAUAGGAAGGGAUGCUGGUCCCAAGAAGGUGACGCUGAUAAAGCAGAAGCAUAUUAAAUGCAUUGAUGAGGAUGGAUUUAUCCAGCUGUUGGCGAAGAUGCCUGAAAAUGGUGGAUCUGGAGAAGCUGCUCAGAAAGAACUGGCCAAGAAAGAACGUGAAAUAAGCAAGGCGAUUGAGGAGGCAGAACAGGAGGAAAAAGAGGAGAAGUCACACAGGAGAAGCCAAAAGAGUAAUCAAGACAAAGUAACCAGGGGACCGGAGUCUCAGCUCUGGACCGUAAGAUACGCACCAACGGAUUUGAGACAGAUCUGCGGUAAUAAGGGUAACGUUGAGAUGCUUUACAACUGGCUUGACCAUUGGUUUGAAACUCAACAUGAAGGCAAGUAUUCUCGUGGUGCAGGAAUCGAUAACUAUCGCUCUGUACUUAUCAGUGGACCUCCAGGAACAGGUAAAACUACAGCAGCUAACUUGGUGGCCCAUAAGGUUGGUUAUGAUAUUAUUGAAAAGAAUGCUAGUGACUUUCGAUCCAAAAAAAUCCUCAACCAGGAGCUUAAGGUGUGCUUAGACAACACUUCUGUUGCGGGAUUUUUCAAACAGAGUACCGAAAAUGAGGCUAAAGUUAGACGAUUUGUAUUGGUUAUGGAUGAGGUUGAUGGUAUGUCGUCUGGUGAUAAUGGAGGUGUUGCGCAGCUUGCACAGUUCUGUCGAGUCACAAAAACUCCUCUGAUCCUUAUUUGUAACGAUAAGUCGUUGCCUAAGAUGCGGGCAUUUGAUCGUGUUUGCUAUGAUAUGACAUGGAGAAGGCCAACUGCUAGAGAGAUGAGGUCCAGGCUUAUGACAAUAGCACACCGUGAAGGAUUGAAAUUGGAUCCUAAUGUGAUAGACGAGCUAGUCUCCUCUACCCAUAACGAUAUUCGUCAAAUUAUUAACGUCAUGUCAACAGUGGCUCGUACUCAGAAGACGUUAAAUUUCCAAGAUGCCUCACAGAUCGAUAAAUCGUGGAAAAAAGAAGUGGCAUUGAAGCCGUUUGACGUUGUAGGAAGACUUUUGAGUUCUGGUUCCUACGGAGAUCGUGCGAUGUACAAUAUCAAUGAAAAGAUCAACUUGUAUUUCAGCGAUAUGGAUAUGAUUCCUCUCAUGAUGCAUGAAAACUAUCGAUCCACACAGCCAGCUGAACUUUUCAAUCAUCCCCCUGGGAAGCAAAAUUUGGUACAUCUUAAGUUGCUUGCUGAGGCAUCGAACUCGAUCUCUGAGUCUGAUCUCAUCAACAAACUAAUAAGAGGAGGCGAUCAGCAGUGGUCUUUGCUUCCCUUCUAUGGAGUGGCAUCUACUAUCAUCCCUGGAUCAAAGAUCUGUGGUAGGGUGACCUCUAGAGUGAUGUUUACCUCAUGGUUGGGUCAGAAUUCAAAGUCGAUGAAAUAUAAACGUGUGGUUCAACAAUUACAGUAUCAUUCAUCCACUAAGACGCAUACAAAUAAUCAGGAACUUCGGCUCUCGUAUCUUCCCUACUUGAAAGAGAUGUUGACGACACCUCUUAUCGAGAAGGGUGCAGACGGAAUCGGUGAGACUCUUCAAUUGUUGGAUCAGUAUUACCUCACGAGGGAAGAUUGGGACAGUAUCAUGGAGAUGGGGGUGGGAAGACAGGGUAAAAUGGAUCAAAAAUUGAAGAAAAUCCCCUCCAGAGUCAAGACCCAAUUUACCCGAAGGUACAAUUCAUAUGUGCAUCCUACGAUUGUCUACAGAACAGGGCAGAUUAAAGUCGGAAAGGUUCGAAAAAUGAAGUAUGACGAUACUGGUGAUGGUGGUGAUGAUGAUGAUGAUGAUGAUGAUGACAAUGAUGACGAUGAUAAUGACGACACUGACAGUGAUAUGCAGGAUAUAAACAAGAACAGCCUGAUUAAGGCGGUCAACAAGAAACCGAAAGCCAAGAGAACGAGGUAA